AUGGAGAGGGAAGAUGGUGCAGAGCAGAACAGGAAGCGAUUGCGUGUCGAGCAGGAGACGACGACACAACCACAGGUUGUGGUCGCACAUCGAACCCAGGGCGCCCCCGUAGCCGAGCAGCCACUCCGCCUGGACCGCAGCAUUUUUGGAUUUUCGGAGAUCGAGGGCGUGCUACGCAAGGUGUCCGACUUCCUCUUCAUCCACGCCAAGACACCCGAUAUCGAGAUCGAAGCCAAGUUGGGUUUCCUGCUGGACAAAGACACAAGAGAGCGCCUCUACCUGCCCAUCAGCUGCGAGACAGAGGUCAUCAGCAGCAAUCUCACCUUCCAAUCGAGCGUUCCUGCGGAACUGUUUAAAUUAUUUAAUGACAAGCUAAACGAACGUUUCCGUGCGGCAACGCAACCGGACUACAGAGGCAAGAAGGUGACAUACGCGCAUUUUCGAGAGGUGGACAUGUUCUACCCGGGUCAAGUGCGAGUGACGUUGGACGAAGCCGGGAACGAGAAGCGGAUCAUCCGUAAGAAGCGCAUCAGCGACAUCAACUUCCACUCCCCGCAGAGUGUCAUCGACUUCCGAAUCAGCGCCUCCACGGAAGAGCACGUGGAGCGGCCGCACACGAGACCGAGCCACGAGAGACAGAAGGAGCGGAUCAGCUACCGGUUCGAGCUGUUCUCGUUCGACCUGACGAAGGUGGAGAAGCUCGACCGGCAGGGCACGAGCACGACCUACGAGAUGGAGGUCGAACUCGCGGACAUGGCCCUCGUGCGCGCCGAACGACAGAAGCUCAACAACAAACUCCCCAACGACUUUCUGGCCAUCGCUACUGGUACCCACCCCACAAUCGCACGCACACGCAUCACCGCACACGCACACGCACACGCAUCACCGCACACGCACACGCACACGCACACGCACGACUCAACAUACAUCGCCUACGACAUGGCACGGCAAUAA